AUGAUAUCCGAGUUUGAUAUUAACUAUUAUCAGCUUCAAUUAUACGAUUAGUAAAUGCCAAUGACUUAGCAAUUGUCAGUUGAAAAUUUUAACGAGAAUGAAGCCUCAUAAAGAAAAUUAAGAGUUAGCUCCUAAUGUUUAAUUUUAAAAAAGUAUAAGAAAUUUAAUGUUCUAGAAAAAUUAGACAUAAAUAAAAAAGGCCUUCUUUAUUAAAAAUUGAUGAAACUGCAAGGAAUGUUAAAAUUUACAAUUUAGGGCCUAGUCAGACAAAUUUAGAGAUUUUAAAUGAUGACUAAAAAUAAAUUAAUGACUGA